AUGUGGUCUCUUCUCCUGAUCCCGCUCGUGUUAUUUGCAAGUAUGAUCAAUGCUAUUGCCGCCAAGCAUAUGGUGACAAUUACACUGGAGGAGGUGGAACACCCACAAGAUAAUAACAGACGUACAGUACUAAAAUUCGACACUAGGUCACUGACCCCGGAAUUGACCACUCUAUUGGCCACCACCAAUACACUCGCGUUUUCGAAUGUGCCAGGUGAGCCUGAAUUCGAGAAUAAAUUGUGCAAGACGCCCGCCAGGGAAGUCGGUACGCAUUCCUCUAAAGAGGUUAAACCAGCUGAGGUCGCACAAGAGGAUAAACCUAAAGAGUUUUAUCUAGGAAUUGGACAGUACGGUACGAUGUGGCGGCGUGUGGGAGCAGGUGAAAACGGACCAGUUGUCUAUAUAAAUAACAGAAGCAACAGGGUGGCAGCGGUGUACACAAUACACGAAAUGCCAAAACCGAAUCCAAUCGUCGAGAAAUGGACUGUCCCGGUAAAUCUCCCGAAAGAAACAUCCACAGGACCGGCGCCACCGUUGGGACGUCCAAAGGCGACUUCCUCCACUAGGGAACCGUACAUUCGGAAACCAACGAGCACGCGAAUGCGAUGGGCGGUUCCCAAGCCUACGGGUUCGAGGGACCGUCGUAAACGAGCGGUACCGGAAACAUACACAAUCCCAAGAUCUCCGAACGUUGCACAAGUGGAGCGUGUAUCAAAGUUCUUCGCACUCGUGUACAAUUUUAUCGUGUGGAUGCUGUUACUCUAA